UGGUAUAUUUUUAUUUCUCUAACCUCAAAAUGGUCUUCUCCAUACUAAAAACUUAAAAAGAAACGUCUAUUUUUAUUAUUAUUUACAGUGAAAUAAAUGUAUUUAAAGCAAAAUGAUCCUGUAUAACCUGUACAUACUUGGGCUUAUGUGUUGAAGAAAACCCUCAGGAAGUAAGGAGUCUGCAAAUGGAAACGAAAUGCAACGGCUUAAAACUCCAAGUAAAUACCUAAGAACUUUCUAUAACGUUAGAGAACUAAGUCGAAAAUGUUCUAUACUCACUUCAAAUUUUACCUCAAGUUUGGAAAUUAUAGAUCAUGAUCCAUUGCAAAGGUAUAAAAUCAUUCAAGCUCAAGAUUUUAGACUACGAUACUUUAUGGAAAUGGACAGUAACAGGACCGUAGACGUUACUAAUAUGACUAUCGAAGAAAUAGAUAAUUUAUUACAAGACUUCAUGACAAGAAAUCGAGAUAAACGACUUGUAAAGCUUGUGAACGAAUGUCUUGAUAAACGGAAACAUUUUAGUGCGAAUAUUCUUAAAAAGCUGUUCAGGCAUUACAGUGUAUCUGGGCGAGUGGAUAUAGUGGAGGUACUCCAAAAAUACUGUUCAAGAGUAGACCGCAAUUUGUAUAUAAGAAAUGGAGAGUUCAUGCAUUAUGUAGCUAAAGCACAGUGUAUGAAAGGUAACUCGGAACAAGGCCUGUCCAUUUUAAAGGAAGCUUACAUAAAGUAUGAAGGCUUAAGAAGCUUUUACAGAGUAAUAUUUAGAGAGCUAAUCAAUGAUUCCGUGAUGAAUCGCUCAGAGGCAUCUAUGGUGAUCUUUAAGAAAUAUGUUCUGGACUUCAGUGUGUCAUGGAAUGACCAUUAUCCUCUCAUUUGUUACUGGCAUAUCUGCUGGUCGAGCAACUGGUUCUCGGAUCAGAUGAUUUCAAAUGAAUUGCUAGAUAGCUCACAAGUUUUACAAGAUAUUGUGAGAGAUAAAGCAUCAACAUUCAGUAUUACUAUCCUCCGUGAAUAUAAUGAGGAUGCAGUAGUUAGAUUAUUACAAAGUCUACUGAAGUACAACAUGAUGGACGAGUAUGCCAAAGUCUUGCAAAUGCUGUUCAACUAUAAAUUAAGGAACAAAGACCUGCGUGGUUGCACCGAGAUCGUCAGAAACUGCGAGGCGCUCGGUGUAUCACUACCGGCUGACCAACAGGGCCGGUACAUCAAGAUGUUAAUAUACAAGGACUUCACGGACGACGGACCAGAUGAUAAACCUAAAAAACCAACAUCGAAGAACUUCAAACUGAAGUUUUAGUAGUCUGCGUUCUAUUCACAUGAUCCGAGAUAUAUAUACCGCCGCCGACUACUGAUCCCCUUCGAUCUCAUAAAAGAGAGAGAGAUAUAAAAGACAAGAAUGUAUGCGAUAGAAAGAGAGGCGAUUGUUAAACUUCAGGACGCAGCAGUGUCGUGCGAGCUGUAUGCUUAGUAGGAGAUUGUUCAACUCCAACGUCCAUAGUAUUCAAGGCGUCGAAAACUUUAGCGUUAUAGUAAACUCAAUCUUAACUGGCUUGUUUUAAAGAUCAAACAAACAGCCAGCGCUCUAAACGGAAACGUUGCGAAAUUAAAAUCAGUGGUAUUGAAUUUUCGACUUCAAAUUGAGGACAUUUAGGUCCAUUUUACUUUGACGUUAAUGUGUUUUGAAUUUCUAUCAUAUCAACGAAUUCUUUCAACGUUGGUGAGACGUAAAAUCUCAUACUAAGCACAUUGAAUUGCAUUUUAUUGCGUUGUAACAAAAGUCACUGUUUAUCUAAACGUCUUUGCUAAGUGAGCCUUUUGUACUUGUAAAGUACUAUUAGGAAGGUUCUGUAGGUUUCGAUCAGAUCCAUACCAACGGAGUGCAGUACCACUCUGCAAAGACGGUGUGUGAUAAAGUGCAAUUCCGCUCAACCUACAUGGCGCUUCUUUCUUUCGCGAGGGCCGUUUGAGCACUGAUUCGUUUUCAAUUCGUAUUUUUUCCGUCAAAAUCCAUCUACUACGAAUCGUAAUAACCCUUCCGUUGGCUUUGCCGCAGUCGGGUAAAAUUACGAAUGAGUUCAUACGCGUACGUUCGUUUUGUAUGGCGGCCACUUUGAAUCGUAUUUGAAUAUGAAUGAGUACACAAACUCCCUAACUCUCAUCUCUUUCGACCCGGUACUUGUAACUUAGGCGUAACGCGCUUUUAGUAAGAUAAUUUUUAUCAUUAAAAGAGCCUUCCAUGGCACAACAAAUGAUUAGACCAAGAGUUGAAUUUUUUUAGCAAAAUAAAGUCGUAUCAACCGUGAAUCGAAACCGGCAGUGUGAAUUAUUAGGGCCGGCGCACAUAUGGUGGAGCGCAGCGCAGAGCAUGCCCGCGAAGUUCAAACUAUCACCGCUAAUCGCGUGACGCAUUACGCGAUUUCUACCAGAGAAUGCGCGAGCACGCGCGGGACUGCGCGCGGACGCGCGAGUAUCCGCACGGAUGCACAAUUGAUUUUAGAUAUUAUUUCAAUGAGGACAAUAUCGAUAAUAUUUUGACUGAAAAAUGCUCUGCGCUGCGCUCCGCCAUAUGUGCGCCGGCCCUUACUUUUAUAGUGUACAUUUUGUAGCUUAUAGGUAAAAUACUGUACAUAAAAUUUUAAUUAGUAAAUCAUACCUACCUAAAUCA